GGACAUUCCAUUCUACUGCCAGCCGCGGGCAGAUUGACAUCUCGAGAAUCAGUUUUGAAGUUGUCGCUUUACAUCAUAAAACGAUCAUUGGUAUAUCUGUCGCCGGAAACCAUCUACAACGAUCGUUCCGAGGUCGUCACUUGACAUCGCAUAACAACUAGUGGUAUAUCUGUCGAUUGAGACCGCCUACCACAAAUCAUGGUUCGCAAAUUGAAGCACCACGAGGCCAAACUCCUCAGAAAGGUUGACUUCAUUGAAUACAAACAAGACAACGGCCAUCGCGACCAUGCCGUUAUCCGCCGUUAUAUGAUCCAGAAGCCCGAAGAUUACCACAAAUACAACCGCCUGUGUGGAAGCGCGAGGCAACUAGCACACCGUUUGACUCUUUUGCCGCCGGAUUCUGCUGUGCGGAGAAAGCACGAGGACCUGCUUCUCUCUAAACUUUACGACAUGGGCGUCAUCUCGUCGACCUCGAAGCUCAGCGCUGUCGAGCACGACGUGACCGUCUCCGCCUUCGCGAGACGCCGUCUGCCCGUCGUCAUGACCCGCCUCAAGAUGGCCGAGACUGUUCAGGCCGCCACGAAGAUGAUAGAAUCCGGCCACGUCAGGGUUGGCACGGACAGUAUCACCGAUCCCGCCUAUCUCGUCACGCGCAGCAUGGAGGACUUCGUGACGUGGGCCGUGGGCAGCAAGAUCAAGAGAAACAUCAUGAAAUACCGGGACAAGUUGGACGAUUUCGAGCUGCUAUAGGCCAUGGGUGGGCCAGGCUAUGGUCGAGGGACAACGAUGUAACCACGGUUCAUCUAACUCCAUACCAGAUGCCCAAUUCGACUGAGGAUUAUAUUGCAUUGCAUGGCGUUCAGGCGUUGGCUUAUUGUCAUGAAAGACGAGGAGUAAUUCAUUACAGCUCAAAUGCACAAACAUGUUUUCAA